CAGUCCGCCUACUCUUACUCCCCCGCCUGCCACCGUCUCUCUCUCUCGGUCCGCCUGCAGCAUUCGACAUCCCAGCGAGGAUUUUUCACUACAGAGAUGGCUGCGAAAGUGUGUAGAACAGUGCUCCUCUUGACCAGGAGCAGCGGCGCUGUGGUCACCGGGCUCCCAGCACUUGCUAUCUCAUCACAGCGGCACCACCAGCAUAUAAGAUCGGACCAGCCUGUUAGGAGAGCACAUGGCCUGCGGUCAGCCUCCCGCUCUGCACUGUUCACCCAGCCUCCCACCAGCCUCUCAACCGCCCUCUCAACCCAGGGAUGGAGGGGUGCCCCCUCAUGGCAGGGCCAGAGACUACUGAGUUCCUCCACCGCUCCAGAAGAGGUGACGGUGGUGUACCAGAAUGGACUGCCGGUGAUCUCGGUCAGUUUGCCGUCCCGGCGAGAGCGAUGCCAGUUCACUCUGAAGCCCCUCAGUGACUGUGUUGGGGUGUUCCUCACACAGCUGAAGACAGAGGACAGGGGUAUCGACCGUGUGGCCAUCUACUCUACAGAUGGGGCGAGGGUAGCCUCUUCUACAGGGAUAGACAUCCUGCUGUUGGAUGACUUCAACCUGGUCAUCAAUGACGUUACGCACCUGGUUCGACCGCCACGGAGAGAUCUCCUAGCCAAUGACGAGGCAGAGCGUCUGAACGACGUUAAGUUCCUGGUUCAGCAGCUCUACACCACCAUGCGUAUAGAAGAGCAUCAGCUUAGUAAAGAGAAGGAACUGGUGGUGAGACUGGAGGACCUCAACUCACAGCUACGUCCUCUAGAGAAGGUGAGGGAGGAGCUGAGUCGUAAGGCGGAGCGUCGUACCACCUGGGUGCUGUGGGGGGGCAUGGCCUACAUGGCAACACAGUUUGGGAUCCUGGCGCGUCUCACCUGGUGGGAGUACUCCUGGGACAUCAUGGAGCCUGUCACCUACUUCAUUACCUACGCUACCGCCAUGGCUAUGUACUCCUACUACGUACUCACACGCCAGGAGUACAUCUACCCAGACGCCAGGGACAGACAGUACCUGCUGUUCUUCCACAAGGGGGUAAAGAGACAACGCUUUGACAUCUACAAGUACAACGAGCUGAAGGACUCUAUCGCUGAGGUGGAGUUAGAUCUGAAACGCCUGAGGGACCCCCUCCAGCUCCAACUCCCUGUCCAGCAACUCACCGCCGCCAGCAAAGAUUGAUGGGAAGAGUGAUGUCCUCCUCUGCUUUCUUCAUCUCUCCCUCCAUCCUUCCUUUCCUUACCCUCCUCCAUCCAUCCUUUCCUUACCCUCCUCCCCUCCUCCAUCCCUCCUUUCCUUACCCUCUUCUUCUCCUCCAUCCCUCCUUUCCUUAUCCUCCUCCCUCCCUCCUUUCCUUACCCUCCUCCAUCCCUCCUUUCCUUACCCUCUUCCUCUUCUCCAUCCUUCCUUUCCUUACCCUCCCUCCUUUCCUUACCCUCCUCCAUCCCUCCUUUCCUUACCCUCCUCCAUCCCUCCUUUCCUUACCCUCCUCCAUCCCUCCUUUCCUUACCCUCCUCCCUCCCUCCUUUCCCUCCUCCCUCCCUCCUUUCCCUCCUCCUCCAUCUCUCCUUUCCUUACCCUCUUCCUCUCCUCCAUCCCUCCUUUCCUUACCCUCUUACCCUCCUCCAUCCCUCCUUUCCUUAUCCUCCUCCCUCCCUCCUUUCCUUACCCCCCUCCUCCAUCCCUCCUUUCCUUACCCUCUUCCCUCCCUCCUUUCCUUACCCCUCUCCAUCCCUCCUUUCCUUACCCUCCUCCAUCCCUCCUUUCCUUACCCCUCUCCAUCCCUCCUUUCCUUACCCUCCUCCAUCCCUCCUUUCCUUACCCUCUUCCCUCCCUCCUUUCCUUACCCCUCUCCAUUCCUCCUUUCCUUACCCUCUUCCAUCCCUCCUUUCCUUACCCCCCUCCUCUCUCUCCAUCCGUCCACCAUUACUCCUCUUUGUUAAAAACCCUUCCCUUUAGCGACCGACCGCGGGAGUUUUUCUUUUUUUUUACAUUUUCUCCUUUUUUAAAUUUCUCUGACUUGAAAACGCAAAUGAUAAAGUAAACCCAUCUGUAGAGGAGGUUUAGAAAGAACAGAAACUGAAUCACAUUGUGUCUGGGGGUGGAGAUUAUGAUGAAACUGGGUGCUAUGGAUAUGCAACAGGACUUCAGCACAGCCUGCAGGAAGCUCUAGGGGACGUACAGGAAGUGACACGCUGCAGUGUGAGGAGUUACAGCGGAGGUGGAGGGGACGGCGGCAGACAAAUGGACACGUCUAUAAGUGUGUGUGGUGAUAUCCCGGGACUCCAACCCCAAGCCACUUAACAGUUGCUAUAUCUAUGUGUUAGCUAGGCCCACAGUGCAGCAUUCAAACACACACACACCACUCCUGUGGUGCCUCGGGACAUCUGUGUCCUAUGAAUAUCCUCUAGCUGGGAACCUCUUGCUCCACCCCCUGACCUUUAACCUCAGCCCUCUGACCUCUGCAUGCACGGAGGACAUGGCUGUGAUUGGACAAGGGUUCCUGUGACCGUCUAGGUGAACGUUGACCUUGGCCGACCCCUCUUGUCUCGUCUGAUUUGCUGUGGCCAAACCUGCCCCGCCUGUAACCAGUUCCCGCCCUCUCUGCCUGACGGACAGCUACCCACAGAGCAUAUUGCUAUGAUGACAAGGACCGUUUAUCAGGCGCCUUUCAGAUUGUCACAGCCUUUACAGGAAGUGGAUAGACGGAGUUGAGGUCAGGUGACCACACCUCACUUCCUAUUCCUGUUGUUGACUUCCUAUCGACUUCCUGUUUCCUGUAACAUGCUGCGCCGGGAUUGGAGGAUAGUACUUCCGAUAACAACAUCACUGUGUGUUCCAGUAUUCCCAGAUGUUUUAUUUUAGAAGCUAUAUUUGUUAUGAGAAACAAUAUACUAAUAAUAUACAAUCAAUCCCAAUGAAGAUAGAGGCGGUUUAGAUCAUUCAGUGGGGGGAGGAGCUCUCUCUUUAACAUCCUAUCUCAGUAAUAUAGUUGAUAUACCAUAUCUGUAUCUCUUCAGUAAUGUCUCAACCAUACAGGACCCCUGUAUCAAUAGGUUUUCCCCACUUCUUCUCUCACACACUGUUCUCAUUGUACUACCAGCAAUAUAACCCACCAAGGCUUCAUAGACAAACACCCAUCAUCCACAAACAGAGUUCUGAGAAGGAUUUCUGGCCGAGAGAUUCCGCGUGCCACUCACAUAUCCUACAAUUCCUUCCAACUACACUAUAACUCAUAUCAGCCAAGAGAACAUUGUAGAACCCUCACAAACAGCGACGAUGUACCCCCGUAGAACCCUCACAAACAGCUGUGAUGUACCCCUGUAGAACCCUCACAAACAGCUGUGAUGUACCCCUGUAGAACCCUCACAAACAGCUGUGAUGUACCCCUGUAGAACCCUCACAAACAGCUGUGAUGUACCCCUGUAGAACCCUCACAAACAGCUGUGAUGUACCCCCGUAGAACCGUCACAAACAGCUGUGAUGUACCCCUGUAGAACCCUCACAAACAGCUGUGAUGUACCCCUGUAGAACCCUCACAAACAGCUGUGAUGUACCCCCGUAGAACCCUCACAAACAGCUGUGAUGUACCCCUGUAGAACCCUCACAAACAGCUGUGAUGUACCCCCGUAGAACCGUCACAAACAGCUGUGAUGUACCCCUGUAGAACCCUCACAAACAGCUGUGAUGUACCCCUGUAGAACCCUCACAAACAGCUGUGAUGUACCCCUGUAGAACCCUCACAAACAGCUGUGGCCCGACUGUGUACCAUUUCUGAAUAUGCUCACCUCUUUACACCAACCUAAUUGUGAGGAUAUAAAGAAAGAGACAUAUUAAUUGUGUGUGUGUGUGUGUGUGUGUGUGUGUGUGUGUGUGUGUGUGUGUGUGUGUGUGUGUGUGUGUGUGUGUGUGUGUGUGUGUGUGUGUGUGUGUGUGUGUGAGAGACAGUCAGACGCAGACAGGCAUGCUGUAGAUUGCAGGUUGUUCAAUGAUGAGUCUUCUUCGUCUGUAUGUGAGGUUUUGUAGGACAUAAUUUAAGCCAAGGAACAUAAAGAGAGGAUCAUAAAACAGAUCUCACACACACACACACACACACACACACACACACACACACACACACACACAUAAUACUGAUGCAUUGUUGCUGCAAAAGAAAAGCAAUUUUCUUAACUUUUACAGGGAAUGUCUCAGAUCCGACGUGCUUUUUUCCCCAUUGUGACGAGAACAAAUAAGUAUAAUUGACUUGUUCUGAAUUGGUCUUGGCUCCAGGCAGCAACACAACGCAUAUUUCAAUGACAUGAUAUCAAUGGUUCACAUGUGAAUGGAACAUGUCCAAAUUAUGAUUUUUUUUAACCUUCUGGGUUUUGUUAAAGGUCUCUCCUGUCACCCUCUAUAUGACCUAUGACCGACUUAAUCAUUCGAUCGCCUCAAUCAAUCAAUAACCUGUCAUUAAAAACCCGGAGCUGCAAAUACGGCUAAAGAAGUAUAAA